GUCACCGAAAAGUUUCACUUGAAGAUCGGGGUCCGCCUCAUCCCUCAUCCAUACACAAUCUCACUUGUAUCGUGUGGACUUGGUGGCAUGUAGCUUUCGUACCCGGCUAGGCUCGGCGCAAUUACAAGGCAAGAGAUGCGUGCGUGACUAAACUUUAUGUGAUGCGAGCAAGGACUGGGAAGGUGUUUUCUAAAUCAAAAUAUUUGAUAUUCCUACGUUUAUAAAAACAUAAAAACAACAAAUUUGGAACCUGCAUAAUGCGCAUAAUCGUGUGAUUCUAUUCUACUUCUUUGCUGGUUCCAAUAACCAGAUUUUUCGCUUUCGCAAAGUGUUAAAUAAAUUGGAUUUGGAGAUUGAAGCCGAGUCUCGGCCCAGGUGAGGAGAGUGAAAUUCCACGAGAUCAAGAACACUUCAUCUGCAUCUCGGCCUAGCCUUUCUUUCCUGGAUCAGGCAACCAUGUUAUUCCCUGAAAUUCCGGUGAACUGUUGUGUACUGAUUUGUCUUCUUUUAUCAUCCUGCGUACAUCUAGAGUAUGCCAAUGCUACCCAAAGUCUAACGCAAGAGCCUGCAGAUACCGCCGUCAACUUCGGUGCUGGGGCUGUGACCCUCCAGUGCGUGGUAGCAGAGAAGUCUGGCCAGCUGUUCUGGAUAAAAGACGGCGAGCACAUCGGCUCUGACAAGGAUGUCACGAUUCCAGGCCUCUCGCGGUAUGCCAUCGAGGGAGACGCGUCUGCCGGGGAGUAUAACCUGAAGAUCACGGGUGUAGCGUUAGCAGACGACGGGCUCUACCAAUGUCAGGUGACUCCCAGCGCGAUGGAUGCGGGACUCAAUUCCCACACGGCGAAACUCACCGUCCAGAGACCACCAGGCUCAGUAUCCCUUGAUGGCAGUCCAACGAUGUCCGUCAAAGUCUCUGAGGCAGUCAACCUCACCUGCAACGCCAACGGUGCCAACCCUGCCGCCACCAUCGCAUGGUUCCGUGACAAUGCACCACUAGAGGGUGCCAUAUACAGUUCAGGACGAGCCGCAAAUGAUGUCUCUGGAAAGCUUUGGGAUGCUGUGAGUGUCCUUAGCAUCACACCUGAGCUGAAUGAUCACGGGUUGGUGUACGAGUGCCGGGCAUCCAAUGCUGCUGUUACAGAGCCUAUCGUUGCUGGCUUGACCUUUGAUGUGCAACAUGCGCCGGUCGUUGCCGUGGAGACGAUACCAGCUGAGAUCAGAGAAGAAACGACCACCAUCUGUCGCUGUGUGGUGGAUGCCAAUCCUAGGAGUGUGUCAUAUGUAUGGUCCAAGAAUGGUGACACGCUGGCAGGUGUUGAAAGCAAUCAGAUGGAACUCCUCGUUACCAAGGAAGAUCACAAAGCUACUAUUAAAUGUUCCGCAACAAACACGAUAGGUACUACAGAAGGAAGCAUGGAACUCAAUGUAUUAUAUGGUCCACGACUGGUUGAGGUACCAAUCAGUAUAUCCGUUGAUGAAGGUAGUCCUGCCCAGAUGGAGUGUAUCGGCGAUGGCAACCCCACCCCUACGACAAAAUGGACUCGCCUAGGGUCCCGAGCGACGCUUAGCACCAUGCAACGCCUGCAGUUUGAUACGGUUCGGGGGUCUGACGUAGGAGUAUACGUCUGCUCUGUAACCGUACCAGGCUUUGAGCCUAUCACGACCAUAGGCAGGCUGGAUAUAAACGCUAUACCUGUCAUCGAUAGUCCGUCUGUCCAGAGAGCUAAGGUUGGCAGCACAGCUAUCUUGGAAUGCCGUACAGAUACUAAACCAGACCUCUAUCUUUUCUUGUUAGCUAUACCUGUCAUCGAUAGUCCGUCUGUCCAGAGAGCUAAGAUUGGCAGUACAGCUAUCUUAGAAUGCCGUACAGAUACUAAACCCGACCCCUACCUCAUUAUGUGGAGCUGGAAAGAUAUCGAGUUGGAAACAGGUAGUGAAGGUCGGUUUGAAGCGGAGCAGGUAGAGACCGCGGCAGGAGGAAUCACAAGUCUGCUCCACAUCAAGAGAGUUCAGAAGGAAGACUAUGGUGAUUAUAACUGCACCGUUUGGAACGAUGUCGGUAUCCAGUCAAAGAUUAUCAUGCUGGAACAACAAGGUUAG